UUGGGGUAUGCCAUUUACCAAGAUCCUAAGUCCCAAGGUUUUUUCCAUGUCGCGUUUGCUAGUGUGUUUUUUUUUUUUUGAUACAUCCUGGUAAGUUAGCCUGUUUAUAAUUGUUACAUCAGUUGUUGCGGUUGCUUCGUUUACUAGUGCGUCAGCUUUUUCGUUUCCCAUUAUGCCUGUGUGCGUCGGUACCCACAUGAAUUGGAUGGUUUUCUUAGACCUAGCUAGAAUGUUGUGUAUUUGUUGAAUCAUUUCAUUGGAGGGGUUUGGUGAUUCGAGGGCUAAGAGGGCGCUCAGGGAGUCGCUGAUAACUAGUAUUUUGUUGGAAGUCAUUGAGUUUGUUUAUGUUAGAGCCUCUUUGAUGGCUUGAGAUUCUGCGAUGAAUAUGCUAGCUUCAGGAGGGAGUUUGUAAAGCUUGCAUGAUGAGCUUGUUGUAUAGGCAAAUCCCACACCAUUGGCGUUUUUGGAAGUAUCGGUAUAUAUUUGGGUAUAGUCGUUAAAUUCAGAGUUUACAAUUUCGUUGAAGUUUGCUUUUAUUAGUGCAUGUAUUGUGUUGUGCUUGUUAAGUAGGAGAAGUUGAGUGUUUAUAUUGAUGUGUCUUUUCCAAAAGGGAAUGAUGUUAUAGGGAGACGAAGGUUCGAUAUCAAAUGUGAAGUUUUCGCAAAGUUUUCUGUAUGUAUCGAUGAUUUUGGUGUGCUGACAUGNUUUUGGAUGUUAUAUGGUGCUGUAAGGUUUUUUUUUUUUGAUAUGUAUUUAAGGAUUUCUCUGUUCUUUCUAAUUUGCAAAGGGGGUUCUCCUGCUAUGCAAAGAAUGCUAUUGACUGGGCUGGUACGAAAAGCACCGAUGGAGAGUCUGAUUCCCUCAUUGUGUAUGGGGUCGAUCGUAUUGGUGAUUUUUGGCUUUGCUGAAUUAUAUAUUAUGGAUCCAUAGUCGAUUUUGGAGAGUAUAAGCGAUUUAUAUAUGGUGAGCAGGCAAUGUUUGUCUGCUCCCCAAGAAUAAUGGGAGAGCGUUUUAAUAAUUUUAAUCCUAUUUUUGCACUCGACCUUAAGUUUUUUAAUGUGUGGGGACCAUGUAAAUUUGCUGUCGAAAACAAUUCCAAGUAUGCGAAUGUUGUCGGUGUAGUUAACUUUAUUACUGUUUAGGUAAACGUGAUGUAAUAUGUCAUUUUUCUUCUUAUUGAAAAUUAUGCAUUGGGUUUUUGUGGGUGAAAAUUCAGAGCCUGAUGUUAAUGACCAGUUAAGCAAGAAGUUUAUUGCUGUUAGUAGAAGUUCUAUGGUGGUUUUGGUGUUGACUCCACUAUAGUAAAUGAUACAGUCGUUGGCAAACAGAGAGUAUUUUAUGGGGUUCUGUAAUUUAUUAAAAAUAUCGUUUAUGGCAAUGAUAAAUAGGAUUACGCUUAUUGAUGAGCCUUGGGAUAGUCCAUUUUCGGUAUCUAGGUGAUUUGAAAAUGUAUUUCCUAGUUUUGCUUGGAUUUGUCGGUUUAUGAGAAAGUUGUGAAUAAAAGUAAGCAUAUUACCGGAUAUUUUCCAUUUAAUAAGCGUGGUUAAGACAUUUUUCCUCCAUACCAUAUCAUAUGCCUUUUUAAGGUCCAGAGCUAUCAAGAUUAAAUGCUGUUUUCUUAUAAUGGCGUCACUUAUGUCUGUGUGUAAAGAGGUGAGGACAUUCUGUGUGGAGUGGUUCUGGCGGAAGCCACAUUGAUAUUUUGUGAUUUUUUUUGUUAUCUCAAGAUGCCAUAUUAGGCGUUUAUUGAUCAUUUUUUCUAAUAGUUUGCUGAAGGUACUAAUGAGGGAUAUAGGUCGAUAGCUUUGGACAUUGAACUUGUCUUUGUCUGGUUUUAGAAUCGGUACAACAAGUGCUUGUCUCCAUUGGUUGGGAAAAAUUCGUUUUUCCAAAUUAAGUUGUAGAUGUUAGUAGUACAUUAAGGGCUUUUUCUGAGAAAUUCUUUAAGAAUAUGUAUGAUAUGUCAUCAGGUCCUGGGCUUUUUCUCUUGCAGUUUUUUAAUGACAUUUUCAGUUCUUUUAUUUUGAAAGGGAGGUUGUAAUCAAGGUCAUCUCUCUGAGUGUUCAUGUUGAUAUUGAAGUUUUUAUCAAUUUGGUUUUUAUAUAGGAGGAAGUCCUUUUCAUAAUUAGAGUUGUUGCAAUUAUCUUGAAAGGUUUUAACAAAGGCUUGAGCAAUGUCUUGGUCUGAUGAUAGAUUAAUGUUAUUGUGUGACAUCAUAUUAGGUAUGGGUUGAUAUUUGGAUCCUUUGAGCGCUCUUAUUUUGUUCCAGAGAGUUGUAGGUUAUAUAUUAUUGUCUAUUGUUGAUGUGUAGUUUUGACAGUAUUCUUUUUUACUUUUUUUUGUGAUAUAUCUGGAUUCUGCACGAUAUUUUUUUAAUAAUAUGUGAUCCGAUUGUAGUUUGGUUUUUUUGAAGUGAUUGAGCGCUUUUUUGUAUUUCCUAAUUGAAGAUUUGCAGUCAUCGUUCCACCAUGGAAUGGUUUUUUUACUUUUGGAACGAUUUGAUUUUCCUAUUGUGAGGUUGGCUGCUUCUAUAAUUCGACUAGCAAAAUUGUUAAUCAUUUCAUCGAUAAUAUCUUGGUUUAGGUUUUGUGGUUCAGCAUUGAGAUUGUCUAGUUGGUUAUCCACUAGGUAUUGGUCUAAGAGAAUGGAGAAUGUAUUCCAGUUUGGGGAAUUUAGUUUCCAUUUGUUUAUCGGUUCUUUGGUAAGUGUUUGAUGAAAAAGUUGAAUCCUUAUGGGCCAGUGGUCGCUGCUGUUGUAUUCAGGGAGAGUGUUCCAUUCGAUGUGAGGGGAAAUGAUUGUGCUUGCUAUUGAUAGGUCGAUGGCAGUGAGGUUUCCAUUUACCAUGUUAUGUCUAGUGGGGCUGCCGUCAUUUAGGAGUAUCAAGUUUGGAUUUUCUAAGAAAUUUUCUACUAUUUUUCCUCUGCUGUCUGUAUAUGAAGAUCCCCAUUGAGGGUUGCGGCUGUUGAAAUCACCAAUUAUAAUGAAGGGUUUGGGGAGUUGAGUUAAAAUAUCAGUAAGAUCUUGUAUGCUGAAGUUGAUACUAUCUGGGAGGUAUAUGUUGCAUACGCAUAUUUGGGUUUGGAAGUUAGCUAACACUGCGACUGCUUCAAGGUGAGUGUGUAGGUUUACUUGAUGGCUUUAAAUGUCGUUUCUUAUAAAUUUUGCUACACCUCCGCUGGCCCUUGUGGCAUUUAUGCAGUUUUUGAAAUGUCCAGAAUAAUUUUUAAGAUGGCUAGUUUAUCCUGGUUUCAAGUUAGUUUCUUGGAAACAUAGCAUUUGUGGAUGGAAAUCGUAGAGGAUGCGUUGUAUGUCAAUGUUUCAUUUGUAGAAACCGUCUAUAUUCCAUUGUAUGAUGUUGUUCAUGAUGAUAAGAUUCCUUAUGGUAAUGGUGAUGGGUUUCUUUGGAGGGUUUAAGUGAGGGAGUUAUUUUUUUUUUUUUUUUAGGACUGGAGUAGGGUGGGGUCUUGGUGUGGUCAUGGUUUAGUUUGUAUUUGUAUGGUUCUGUGGAGGGAGCAUUUGGAAUAGGCGGUUUGCCAUUUUGGUGAGCUUGGAUUUCAUCCAUCGAUCUGUGAUAGUUGGUCGGACUUUCUCGAGUGUAUUUAUUAUACUGGGUAGGUCAGAGUUUAAUUCAUUGCAUAGCGUAUGUAUAUUUAUAGAUUGGUUUCCAAAGUUUUCUAGGAAAUAUUUAAAUUGGUUGAGAUAUAUAGAGGAUGAGUUGCUGUCGGAGAAAAUAUCUUCAGCAGGCCUGAGAGCAGCUUCUGUUUUGCUGUCCACUGUACUGUUAGCUGAGUUGGUCAUGAGUUGAGAUUUGAUUUUUUUUUAUCUGGCUGCGAGACGGGAAAAGUAUCGUUUGGAGAGGUCGGUAACGUGAGAGAUUUUGAAGUCAAUGUGUCAGAUAGAGGUUUUUUAAUUUGUGUAGUAGGGGUGGAUAGUAUCGAUGCUAUUUCUUGCGAUUGCUUAGCUAUAUUUGGAUCAUUGAUUAUAAGAUCAUUCUGAUUUUCUUGUGGGUUGGAGUAUCCGGAGUGUAAAGGUUCGUCAACGAGGGGACAGAAGGGAGAUUGCACGUCAUCUAUCGAUAUAAUAGUGUUUUUCUCAUUGGUAUUAUGUGUGUGGCUCAAUGUUUCAUGUUGGGUGGGUGUUUGAGGAUUAAUUAUAUGCUCAGAAUUUCUGUUAUUGCAUGACAAUGAUGUGGGUCCUAUUGACUUGCAUAUGAAGCACAUGAUUUUUUCAUCGGUGAAGAAUAUUUUAAAAUGGGUUUGGUUAUUUGUGAUAGCUAUUGAUCCAGGGAGUUUUAUUGUAUCAGUAUGGUUAAUGAACAUCUGUCUGCAAAAGCUCAAAAUAUGAUCAUAUCCCUCCAAGUUGAUUCCUGCUUACAGCCAAUAAAAUGCGAAUUCCUCAGAAAAGAAGUUACGUACCUCGGUCACCGAAUCACUGACGCGGGCGUCACACCAGAUCCUCAGAAAGUCGAAUGCGUUCAGAACUUCCCAGUACCGAAGAAUGUCAAGGAAAUCAAAUCUUUCCUGGGACUUUCGGGCUACUACAGACAAUUUAUACCAAACUACGGACAAAUUGCAAAACCAUUAAUAUCGCUACUUAAGAAGGAUGUUCCUUACCGCUGGAACGAUCUAUGCCAAGAAGCAUUUGAAACAUUAAAAAACUGCUUAAUAAAAUCACCGAUCCUCCAGUACCCUGACUUCAGUCAGUCUUUCAAACUUUGCUAUUGGAUUUGUGCUUUCACAAGAAGAAAUUGGCAAGGAUCUUCCGGUAGCUUACGCAUCUAGAACAUUAAACAAAGUAAACCGAAGUAAACCAUAAUACUACCGAAAAGAAGCUGACACGUAUAGUGUGGGGAAUAAAGGUUUUUAGACCAUAUCUAUUCGGUAAAAAAUUUAACAUAAUCACAGACCAUCGUGCCUUGUUAUGGUUGUUCAAUUUAAAAGACCCAGGCAUUAGACUCGCUGGCGUUUAAAGCUUGAAGAGUAUCAAUAUACUAUCCACUUCAAAUCUGGAACUAGUAACACGAACGCGGAUGCUCUAAGUAGAAUCCACCGAGUUGUUACCAGGGCACAACCACAACCUGAGAACAGCAACCAUCCGACAACAAGUCAAUCAGAAAAUACAGAAUAUUCAGACUCUCCAGACAAUUCAGCCUUUCGAACACUCACAGAAAAUGCAGAACAUUCCGAAUUUCCAGACAAUUUAGCCUCUCAAAAGUUCACAGAUAAUGCAAAACACACAGAACUUUCAUUAAAUACUGAAUAUUAUGAAUAUGAACAGUUUCUCUCAGCAGAACCAAGUUCCAAGAAAUCGUAUACAAACUUAAUGGAAGUGCAAGGAGAUCUAUUUGAUAAUGCGUCAACUGCCUCCUUGGUACAUUGUGUCUCAUCUGAUUUCAAAAUGAAUAAGGGUAUAGCGUUAACUAUACGAAGAAAGUUCGGAAACGUAGCACAACUACGCAAGUUGAACAAAAAAGUUACCGAAGUGGCUUCGUUAACAGUAGAAAAUAGAACAAUAUUCUAUUUCCUCACUAAAGAACAUCAUUGGCAAAAGCCCAGCUAUCAGCAUUUAUUUCAGAGCCUCUUGAAUUUGAAAAAAUUAUGUAAGGAACGACAUAUCACACAAUUAGUCUGUCCUCGCUUAGGUUGUGGACUGGACGGACUUAAGUGGGAAACAGUGCGUUCUAUGAUAUGUUACAUUUUUCAAAAUUCAGCUAUCAAAAUCAAGGUCGUAGAUCGUGAACCGUUGACAGAAGACGAACAGCAACGAGUAAUCAGGGAGUUCCAUGAGAAUCCUCUGGGUGGACAUCAAGGUAUUGCCAGAACUUACCAACGGAUAUCACAGCAAUAUCAUUGGAAAGGGAUGAGGCAAAUGAUCAAAAAUUACAUCCUAUCUUGUGCUACUUGUCAACUUAAUAAAACCACAAAUCGAACAAUUAAGGAACCUAUGGUGAUCAUGACCACCGCAUCCAGACCAUUUGAGAAGAUUUUCAUGGACAUAUUGGGUCCACUUCCGAAGUCCUAUAACGGGAAUGUAUUCAUACUUACCUUACAGGACGAUCUUUCCAAAUUCGCGUGGGCAGCGUCAAUGGCUAACCAUGAGGCAAGCACAGUCGCUUUUCACUUCGUAAAUCAAUUUGUAUGCCUACAUGGGCUACCACAGAAUCUUGUUACCGACUGCGGUGCGGAAUUUUUGAGUAAGGUUUUUAAAGAAACAUGUCAACUUCUUAAAAUCAAGCAAACUUCCACAACUCCUUGCCAUUCACAGAGAAAUGGAUCAUUGUAUCAUUGUGAUCAGAUGCAUGUAUCUACGAAAUUAUGUUAAUAAAGACCCUCAAAAUUGGGACACAUAAGUUCCAUACGCAAUAUUUUGCCACAACUCCACGGUACAUACUGCGACAAACUUUCAGCCUUAUGAACUAGUCUAUGGUCAUGAAAUCAAAGUUCCAAAUUCUUUUGUUAGGGACCCAGAACCUCAACACAAUUACAAUGACUAUUAUUCCGAAAUGAAACGUAACAUGCAAGAAGCACAUCAGCUAGCUAAAAGACAAUUACAAGAUAGCAAGAUCAAAGCAAAAGAACGUUACGAUAAAUCAGCAAAUCCUCUGAACAUAAGUAUAGGCGAGAAGGUUAUGAUGCAAGAGAAAACCAGUAAAGGGAAACUCGCACCGAAAUGGUUAGGUCCUUUUACAGUCAUAGGAAUUCAAUCAGACUCUCCGAAUAUAACAAUCCUCAGGAAAAACAAACCCACCACUUUGUAUCGAAAUUUACUCAAACCAUUUGUUGAAAGAAAUUGA